GCUUUGACCCAUGAGGAAAGCCCUCAGAGAGACAACAAGAUGCCUAAGUUUCUAUCGGCUGGACACUGACCGGCUACUUCAAUCGACUUGUAGCCGCAGUUUCCCGCCCGCUAUGGCGACUUAUAUAAUUUUAUUUUGAGGUGCGAACAUGUAAUGGGCGGGGACUGGGUGGCUGUGGUUCCGGGUGAAAGGUGGAGCAAUGGCGAACGCCGCUAAUCUGAACGCGGUGAGGGAGACCAUGGACGUUCUUCUUGAAAUCUCAAGAUUGCUGAAUACUGGUCUUGAUAUGGAGUCUCUCUCAAUUUGUGUCCGACUUUGUGAACAAGGGAUCAAUCCUGAGGCUCUGGCUUCAGUUAUUAAGGAACUGCGAAAGGCUACUGAUUCACUCAAAGCUGCCGAGAAUAUGACUGGUUGACAUCACCUUUGUGACAGAGAAUCCCAUCUUGGUACCUGUAUCAGGUCGCACUGAAAAUCAUUGAGAUGAAAAAUGUAUGGAACAAACAAAAACAAAUACAAAUCAUUUUGUACCACAGAACAUAAAAAUGGAAUGUUGUGGAUGAGUCUGUUGAUGUUGAUAUGCAAAUUCUUGCUACAUAGGAUCGCAAUGAAUCUGUUAAUCGCUAUUUAAAAUUGAUUUGCAUAUUAUACAUUUGAGUUAAAAAGGAGCUAUCUGAAAAGCACUGACCACUUGCUGGAGGCUGGUUACUAAACCACACACAGUACAAUUUAACUUGGAUUAUGUGUCUGAAAAUGACUAUUUUAAGUUUGACUGUAAUUAUUACAUUGUAAUUAACAUUUCUUUACGUGGCUUUUGUAUUUGUUAGCAAAAUAUACUUCAUCUCAAUGUGGAAUGACCCCUCCUAAUAUUUUAUUCAUACAUCAACAUGGUAUUGUGAAUGUUAUUUAAAUAUGCUUUGUUCUUUUCCUCUUAGAAUUAUAAAGUACUGCCAACUAUACAGUUAAUCACUAUCUGAAAAUUAAAAAUGUUCAAAUAAUCCAAUUAGUUCAUAAAUCACAUUUGCAAAUUAAUAUUAUUACUUACAAUUGUUAUAACUGUUUCAACUCAGCAAAGCCAGAUUAUCAAAUCUUACUGAAUCCAAAUUUUUGGCUGAUUCAGCAGAUUUUGUUUUCCCUGUAGAAUGCUAUUAACAAAUUCACUCGAGAAUUAUGGUUUGUGAACAUCGCAUAGAUUUUAUACUGCUUUUGUACAAACAUACUCUGCCCUUUGUGUGUGUCAAUUUUGUAACCUAAUUUCUUCUUGUU